AGCGGGAUGAUCAACGCGCAAAUGCAGGAUAUCAAGAACGCAAUAACAGCUGCUGCAAACUAACUACGGCGUCACCAUAGCAAAGGCACAGGCACAGGCACAUUCGACUCUUCCCAUAUAUGUAUAACGGUUGGGCGGGACAGCGAGGCCGAUUACGAGCGAAUCUAUAUAUUCUUGCAAUUGUUUCUAAGAAACAGAUAAUAGCCUCGGCAUUGAAAGAAAGCGAAAUACGGCCGAAGUGUGAGAUAAACUUGCUUGCCUUUGGUUCUGACAUGUAACGAGGAAAAUCUGAGUGACUGAUAAUCUCGAGCGCCCAAGCGUUCUCACGAUGCUCUGGCUGGAGAGUUAAUCCCUAGCCGUGGGGGUCAUAUCAAGCUGUCAAAGGGGCAGAAUUUUGUCAUCAUGUCACAAUAACGUCCUCCUCCCCAGAUUCAGGCGAGUGACAAAACGCUCAAAACAACAAUAAUGCGCAGUUCCAUUCCUCGUCACGAAGCCUAUUAUCAAAACACCUGUGCAAGCUCGGUUUUACAGGGGUCCAUAUCCAUGAGCAUGCCUGCCAACAUAGCUUAAAUCCGUUUCCCUUGCCGCGCUACGAACGCGCGCAGAUACAUACCAUAUUUUGACGACUUGGGCGCAUCUUAAGAAGGUUCAGCCUGCCAGGCUCUGCUCGGUCUCUGACCCUAGAAAACAACAGACCGCAUUCUGCAGUGAGAUCCCGGAUUAUCAAUCUUUGCAAUUUGUAAGCUUGCUCUUGUGCGGAUGACGUGCUGCCCUUGACAUCACCACCAUACCAUCCGCCUAGUAUCCUCGGAGUCGUGAACUGGAAGUGUUCCCAAAGCCCAAAAGAACACCACAGUUUUCCGAGAGAUGACGCCGUUGAAGUACAAGAUGAAUCUAGAUGACGCAUCUUACAUUCAUUAUUCUAUCCAGCAUGUGAUGGCAUCUGAUGAAAAUAAUGCAUUCGACUACAAAUAGCCCUCAUUCCACCUCCGUUGAACUCACUUUGUUGAAGUCGUGGAGUAUUAGAAAAUAGGUUCGAUACAAGAUAGAGCUCAUCAUCUCGGAAAAGUGAUAUUGACCGAUUGAUUUACUUUAAUUUUACUUUUGACUAUAUCAUCGCUUCAAUUCCAACUCUACAAUGUCUCCGACUCUCAAGAAUGUCAUUGUUGUCUCGGCAAGUGGGAGAGUAGGGGCCACCAUUGUAUCCGCUCUACUGAACUCCGCUCAUGGGUAUGCCGUCUCAACUCUUUCCCGGGAGGGAUCCAGCUACAUCCCACCAGUGGGUGUCACAAGCAUCAAAAGCGAUUACACGCAUGACUCCUUAGUCAAAUCCCUAAAGGGUCAGGAUGUUGUGGUAUCUGCCAUCGGAGCUGCUGCCGUGCUCGAGCAAAUCAAGUUAAUUGACGCCGCGAUCGAGGCAGGGGUGAAGAGAUUCGUUCCCAGCGAUUAUGGCAGUGAUACGCGGAUCAAGCACUCACAUUUGCGCGUGCCCUUUUUUCCGAUGAAGAAUCAAGUCUUUAAAUAUCUAGAGGAAAGGCAGCACAAGAUUGAGUGGACUGUUUUCCUUUCAGGGCCUCUUUUGGAUGAAACCCUUAGAGUCGACUUCCUCGGCUUCGACAUUGCCAACAAGACCACAACGUUCUGGGACGAAAGAUACAAAAACGUCCGUUUCUCAACCGCACGCCUCACCCUCGUCGCGGACGCGGUCGCCCAGGCCCUCUCCCCCGCCAUCUCCCCCAAAACAGCGAACCAACUCCUCGCCAUCCGCGACGCCACCGUGACCUUCGCGGAGCUACUCAACGCCCUCGAGGCCGCCACAGGUUCCCCAUGGCCACUCAACCACGCCGACUUGGACGAACUGGUCGAGGAAGGCAAGUUGAAGGCUGCAAAGGGCGAUUUCAGCGGGGUCUCGCAUAUGAUUGUGCGGAAUAUCCUGGAUGUAGAGUCUGGGGGUGAUUUCGAUGAGAGGGGGAUUGUUUCGAAUGGGUUAGUCGAGGUCGAAGGGUGGGGGUUGCAGAGGGUUGUUGAUGCGGUUGUUGCGGAAGUUCAGGGGGAACAAUGAGGGGAUAUAGUAAGUUGAGGGAAGGGAUGUUAAUGGAAGUUUGGUAUAUGACUACGAUGAUUUGGAACCAUAUUUUAUGCCUCUUAUCCUCUCCCUUUUACCUUUCUCGAUUAAUUAUAUGUUUUGCUCUUUUUAUUUGUUAAAUACAGCCUAUCCAUCAGACCCCUUCCACUGUCACAGACGAUCUACGCCUGAUGUGUACACGGUACGAGCACGUCUCCAAAUUUCUACCAGCCAAUCCCUUUUCAUCAAUGUACAGGGCGGUUUUUACCAGCCAGCUUUCUACACGUGCACCCAAAAAUACUUCUUUCCAUUUCGAAGGGUGCGCACAACAUGGAAGUUUGAUAUGGAGAAUACAAUUUAUAUGCCCCCUAUCAGAUAAACAUAAGUUGACAUUAAAGCUUUCAUACAUUUCUUGACACUUUCCGGCCCGGGGCCUACUAGGUACCUAUGUAUUUGAGCCAUAGUAUCGUAUCCCCUAUCAAAAACUCAACCUGGAGGCUUCAAACGGGGAAAGUGGGGGGUAUGGGUAUUUUAAUCUACAACUUUUGAC